GGCCCGGCCGCUUCCGGGUUCUCGGGCCGGCCAUGCUGCGGCUGGGGCUGGGGCUGCUCGCCACCGCCGGGCGCCGCCUGGCGGGCCCGCGCUGCUCCGGGACCCGGGGCAGCCUCUGCGGGGCUGGGCCCGAACCGCUCGGGCAGCGCUGUCCCCCGUCCCGGGGCCUGGUCCUGAAGACGCCCAAGGGCACCCGCGACCACCCCCCCGCCCACACGGCGCUCCGCGACCGGCUCCUGGCCGCCGUGGUGACCUGUUUCAAGCGGCACGGGGCGGCCGCUAUCGACACCCCCGUGCUGGAGCUGCGGGAGACGCUGGUGGGGAAGUACGGGGAGGAGGCGAAGCUCAUCUACGAGCUGCAGGACCAGGGGGGAGAGCUGCUGGCCCUGCGCUACGACCUGACUGUGCCCUUCGCUCGCUAUUUGGCCAUGAACAAGAUCACCAACAUGAAACGCUACCACAUUGCCAAGGUCUACAGGCGGGACAACCCGGCCACCACCCGGGGCCGUUACAGGGAGUUCUACCAGUGCGACUUUGACAUUGCUGGGCAGUUUGACCCAAUGAUUCCCGACGCCGAGUGCCUGAAGAUCGUGCACGAGAUCCUGAGUGACCUGCAGCUUGGGGAUUUUCUCAUUAAGGUCAACGACCGACGGAUUCUGAAUGGUGUGUUUGCCGUCUGCGGCAUCCCGGAGAGCAAGUUCAUAUCCACGUGCUCUACCAUAGACAAGCUGGACAAGAUGCCAUGGGAAGAAGUGAGGAGCGAGAUGGUGGGGGAGAAGGGGCUCUCUCCCGAGGCUGCGGAUCGCAUCGGGGAGUACGUCCAGCUGCACGGUGGGCUGGACCUGAUCGAGCGGCUCCUCCAGGACCCAAAGUUGUCCCAGAACAAGCUGGCCAAGGAGGGGCUGGGCGACAUGAAGCUGCUGUUUGAGUACCUGACCCUGUUUGGCAUCACGGGGAAGAUCUCCUUCGACCUGAGCCUGGCGCGGGGUCUGGACUAUUACACGGGGGUGAUCUUUGAGGCCGUGCUGCUGCAGCAGGAGAACGACCAUGUGGAGGAGCCCGUCAGCGUCGGGAGCGUGGCCGGAGGCGGCCGCUACGAUGGGCUGGUGGGGAUGUUUGAUCCCAAGGGACGGAAGGUGCCCUGUGUGGGGGUCAGCAUUGGCAUCGAGCGGAUCUUCUCCAUCCUGGAGCAGAGGGUGAAGGCUUCCGGGGAGAAGAUUCGAACAACUGAGACACAAGUGCUGGUGGCUACACCCCACAAACAUUUGCUUGCUGCGAGGCUGAAGCUCAUCUCCGAGCUGUGGGAUGCAGGGAUCAAGGCAGAGAUGCUGUACAAGAAGGAUCCUAAACUGCUGAAGCAACUGCAGUAUUGUGAGGACACGGGGAUCCCCCUGGCUGCCAUUGUAGGGGAGCAGGAGCUGACAGAUGGAGUCGUCAAGCUGCGAGAUGUCGCAACAAGAGAGGAGGUUGAUAUCCCAAGAGAAAAGCUUGUUGAUGAGAUCAGAAGGAGGCUGGAGCCCUAGGACGUCUCUGGCCAGAGCUGCUUGACUGAGCUGCUGUACAUGUGGACCUGCCAGCACCCUUCCCGCUGAGGUCUGGCCACCGUCUGCGAGCCUGGGGCUCGCCUGCCUGAGCUAAAGCAGCGCAGACAUGGGAUCUCCACUUGGAAAGGAGUGAGCGGGUUUUAAAAGUUACGGACAGCGCAGUCAGCAGGUUAACCUCUGGUUGACAGCUCUGCAGGACGGGUCAAGCUUGUGAGCACCUAACACUGCAGUACCUGUAGCUGGGCAGCCUGUUACACCUGCCAUAGGUGGCUAUGGGUGCAUGUGGAUCAGCUGAAGCAGGAUCUGGCUGAGCUCGGCGAGGGGCAGAGCUGGGGGGCGCUGGGCGCCUGCAGGGUAGUGGGGGUGUCACCCCGGCCCUGUGAGGGCUGCAGGGGCAGCUCCAGCCUGUGGCGGGGCUCUGCUGUUGGUGCAGGGCCAGGCCUGCGUGGGGCUGCGGCACCAGGGCCUCCUGAGGGAGGACACGAGGGGUCUGCUGCGGGCAGCCUCCGGCUGGAGCGAGCGUGGAAGAACUCUGUAUUUUUGUAUAUUAAAAAAAAUUAACAAAAAAUAAAAAAGAAAGGGCCUCGGUUGUCUAUUUGA